GGGAAGCAGGUGUCACGUUUUAACAGAGUUUCACCCUCGUGCUCAGGCGCUGCCUCCGGUUGCGCAUGCUGGGUUCGCACUCUCAGGAGGACGGGCCUGGGCUCGCGGCGGCCGUGGCCGAGCUGGCGCCGCCGGUUCCCAACGCGUCACCCCUGGGCGAGAUCUCAGGCCUGCCGCUCGGCCCUGCGCGGUGCCCUGGCCGCUCUGCUCGGGGCGGGACCGCCGCUCCCGGCUGCUCCGGGCCACUUUCUGCGCGCUGCCUCUCCCGGCGUUAGCGGCGGGCGAGGCGAGAUCGCAGCGGCUGCGGAUUCCGCCUCACCCGCCACUCCCUCCCGAGCCCGGCCUCGGCCUCUUCCCGCAGCCCACAGGGCUCGGAGCCCGUCCGGAGGGGUGAGGUCAACUUCGCGGUCGGGCCAACCAGUUCCCGUUCCGGGCGGGCGGGCGGGCAGGCGCUGCGGCCGCCCUCGCCCUGCUCCUGGCGCUCCCCGGCCCUCGCGCCCCCGGCUUUGGCUCCGGCUCCGGCUCCGGCUCCGGCUCCCCCUCCCCGCUGCUGUGAGCUCUGCACACCUGGCGGCCAAAUUCCAGAAAGAAACUGGAAGUUGAGGAUUUAAGGAGAGACUGUUGUCUUAAAAUAUUCUCACUUACUUCAAAGAACACAUGCCAGAAACUUAAAAAGGAAUUAUUAACCAUUAAUUUAAAUAUAUAUUUAACAUUAUCAACUGGUAUCCUUUAAGGAGUUGCACUGAGAGCCUGGCCCUGGAUCCCGAUUGCCCUUCUGCCAGGAGGACACACACAGCCAAAGAUGAAUUUGGGAAAAGCAGCCGCUUGCUCCUUUAACCAUGGAGAAGCAAGGCCGCAGUGAGAUGGAAAUCAUCCCGGCAGAGCCGCACUCCUACGUUAAAUUGUUGAAAGUUAACCGGGAACAUCUGGUCACUCACAUCCGCAACACUCAGUGUCUGGUGGACAACUUGCUGCAGAAUGACUACUUCUCUGCCGAAGAUGCGGAGAUCGUGUGCGCCUGCCCCACGCAGCCUGACAAGGUCCGCAAAAUUCUGGAUCUGGUGCAAAGCAAGGGCGAUGAGGUGUCCGAGUUCUUCCUCUAUGUGCUCCAGCAGCUCGCGGAUGCUUACGUGGACCUCAGGCCUUGGCUGUCAGAGAUCGGCUUCUCCCCUUCCCAGAUCAUUCAGAGCAAAGCUAUUGUCAACACCGAUCCAGUGAGCAGAUACACCCAGAAGCUGCGACACCAGCUGGGCCGGGACUCCAAGUUCAUCCUGUGCUACGCCCAAAAGGAGGAGCUGCUGCUGGAGGAGAUGUACAUGGACACCAUCAUGGAGCUGGUCAACUUCAACAACGAGAGCCUGGGCAGCCUGGGCAGCCUGGCCUGCCUCCUGGACCCCUCUACAGGUGUCCUCAAUGAGCAGGGCGAGACCAUCUUCAUCUUUGGCGACGCGGGCGUGGGCAAGUCCAUGCUGCUGCAGCGGCUGCAGGGCCUCUGGGCGGCGGGCCAGCUGGACACUGGGCUCAAGUUCUUCUUCCACUUCCGCUGCCGCACAUUCAGUUGCUUCAAGGAGAGCGCCACGCUGUGUCUGCAGGACCUGCUCUUCAAGCACUACUGCUACCCGGAGCAGGACCCCGAGGAGGUGUUUGCUUUCCUGCUGCGCUUUCCCCACACGGCCCUCUUCACCUUCGACGGCCUGGACGAGCUCCACUCGGACUUCGACCUGAGCAGCCAGCCCGACACCUCCUCCCCCUGGGAGCCCGCGCACCCCCUGGUCCUGCUGGCCAACCUGCUCAGUGGGAAGCUGCUCAAGGGGGCACGCAAGCUGCUCACAGCCCGCACGGGGACCGAAAUCCCACGCCAUCUCCUUUGGAAGAAGGUGCUUCUGCGGGGCUUCUCCCCCAGCCACCUGCGGGCCUACACCGGGAGGAUGUUCCCUGAGCGCGCCAUGCGCCAGCACCUGCUGGACCAGCUGGAGGCCAACCCCAACCUCUGCAGCCUGUGUGCCGUGCCCCUCUUUUGCUGGAUCAUCUUCAGGUGUUUCCAGCAUUUCCACGACGCCUUUGACAGCUCCCCGCAGCUGCCUGACUGCACGAUAACGCUGACCGACAUCUUCCUGCUGGUCACCGAGGUCCACCUGAACAGGACACAGCCCACCAGCCUGGUGCAGCAGAACACGCGGAGCCAGGCGGAGACCUUCCGCUCUGGCCUGGGCACUCUGCGCUCUCUGGGGCAGGUGGCCUACGGGGGCAUGGAUAAGAGCCUGUUUAUCUUCAGCCAGGAGGAGGUGCAAGCCUCUGAAGUGCAGGAGGGGGACCUGCAGCUGGGCUUCCUGCGAUCUGGGCUGGAGCUGGGCCUCGGAGGCGACCAGCAGUCCUAUGAGUUUUUGCACCUAACCCUCCAGUCCUUCUUUGCUGCCCUCUUUCUCGUGCUGGACGACAAGGUGGGCAGCCAGGAGCUGCUCAGGUUCUUCCAGGAGUGGGCUCCUCCUGAGGAGGCAGCAGCCCCGUCCUGCUAUCCCCCCUUCCUCCCCGUCCACUGCCUGGGGGGCCGUGGCCUGGCGAGGGAGGACCCCUUCAAGAACAAGGAUCAUUUUCAUUUCACCAACCUCUUCCUGUGUGGGCUGUUGUCCAAAGGCAAACAGAAACUCCUGCAGCACCUGGUGCCCGCUGCUGCCCUGCGGAGGAAGCGCAAGGCCCUGUGGGCUCACCUGUUCGCCAGCCUGCGCUCCCACCUGAAGAACCUGCCCCGAGUUCAGUCUGGGGGCUUCAACCAGGUGCAGGCCAUGCCCACCUUCAUCUGGAUGCUGCGCUGCAUCUAUGAGACGCAGAGCGAGAAGGCGGGGCGGCUGGCGGCCAGGGGCAUCUGCGCCAACUACCUCAAGCUGACCUUCUGCAACGCCUACUCGGCUGACUGCAGCGCCCUCUCCUUCGUCCUACACCACUUCCGCAAGCAGCUCGCCCUCGACCUGGACAACAACAACCUCAACGACUACGGCGUGCGGGAGCUGCAGCCCUGCUUCAGCCGCCUCACCGUCAUUAGACUCAGUGUAAACCAGAUCACCGACAGUGGGGUGAAGGUGCUGUACGAAGAGCUGACCAAAUACAAAAUACUGACAUUUUUAGGCUUAUACAACAACCAGAUCACCGAUGUCGGAGCCAGGUACAUCGCCAGAAUCCUGGAGGAGUGCAAAGGCCUCACUCACCUGAAGCUGGGAAAAAACAAAAUAACGAGUGAAGGAGGAAAGUGUCUUGCCCUGGCUGUGAAGAACAGCAAAUCCAUCUUUGAAGUUGGGAUGUGGGGCAAUCAGAUCGGUGAUGAGGGAGCCAAGGCCUUCGCAGAGGCUCUGAGGAACCACCCCAGCUUGACCAACCUGAGUCUCGCAUUCAAUGGCAUCUCUACAGAAGGAGGAAAGAGUCUCGCAUGGGCCCUGCAGCGGAAUGCAUCUCUGAGAAUAUUCUGGCUCACCAAAAAUGAACUUAAUGAUGAAGUGGCUGAGAGCUUGGCAGAGAUGUUGAAAGUCAACCAGACGUUGAAACAUUUAUGGCUUAUCCAGAACCAGAUCACAGCCAAGGGGAUGGCCCAGUUGGCAGAUGCAUUACAGAAGAACACUGGCAUAAUGGAGAUCUGCUUAAACGGGAACUUGAUAAAGCCAGAGGAGGCCAAAGUAUUUGAAGAUGAGAAGCGGAUUGUCUAUUUCUGAGAGGCUGUUUUCCUGUUGGUGGGUUUUGGCCCUGGGGGCAACUCUGUGCAGCUGCAUGUCUUGGAUGAAUGAAAGACAUCCAAGGUCUGCUGAGGUGAGACUUCCAGGAGCCCUGCCUUCAUGGUGCAAAUCAACCUUCGUCCGAGUGCUGACUGGCAGCCCCUGAGUAGCUGUUACAAUUCUGCAGGAAAAGCAUGAGCUGUUUUAGUGACUGUAACUAUACUAUGAAGAGAUGUUAAUGCAUAGCCAUGACUAUUUUCAUCUGAAACUAGAGGAAAGAGACUUUGAGCUCAUACAAACGCCUGCUCUAAGACCUGGGAAAGUGAGUCGGGCAAUACUGUGUUCACUGAAGAGCUGAAGACAUGGGGUGCCACAUUUCUUGGGGAAAAGGUGCUCAACAAACAAAGUUUUACCUAUGUUUUCGUAAUGCUGGGGCUCCACUGAGGGCUUUCGUGUGGCACUGCUGCCCUCCGGAAGACUGAUGCUGCGGGUAGAGGUGCUCUGCUCCAGGAAGAAGGCUCAGUGCCGUCCUCCACCAGCAAUGAGUCCCUGCUUGCUCCGGGGGCCCUGGCAUCCAGAGAGAGGCUUCUCUCUCUUGCCCUCCUGAGGAAGGGGACUCUCUUCCUGCCGCUGAGCAGUUGUAAGGGGGAUUGAGUCGGAGGAAAGACUCGGGAGUCACUGAGAACCUGGCUGGCAGAACACGUUAGACGCCUGCCAAAUGGUGGGGUGAUAUUACUAGAUAACUUGUUCUUUUGCCAAUUCAUUUGUUAGUAAAAUACUGAAAACACUGUU